AUGCUGCUUUUUUGCCUUCAUUUGGUCACUUUGUUCGAUGUCAGAGUUUUUAAAUGGACGGAACGGCCUCCGUCGAUUGGAACAGAGAGCACGUUUGUGGGAUUAGUAUUUUCUUCCAACCUAUGCCUGCAGGGCUAUUUCAAAACCGAUAUUCCUUAUGAUCCCCAAGUCAUCUUGGACUGGCUCAAAGUUCCCGAAACGUCUGUGAAUCACCAAUGGUAUUUUCCAUGUGGAAACCUCACAACAUGCCUACCCCGAGGCUUUCACUGCGAUGGUGUGGAUGAUUGUGGAAAUGGGGCUGAUGAAGAAAACUGUGGUGACAAUAGUGGAUGGGCCAAUAUCUUUGACGCGGUUCACGGGAAGCCUAAUGACCAGGAAUUCACCCACGAGUGCUUUUUACUCCACUAUCCUCAGGGCUGUGACUGCCUAGAAACUGAGCUGGAAUGUGUAGAUGUUAAUAUGAAGUCUGUACCAUUGGUUUCAAGCAAUGUAACACUGCUGUCUCUGAAAAGAAACCAGAUCCACAUUCUUCCAGAUGAAGUUUUCGUCAAGUACACAGAAGUGAAGAAAAUAUUCCUUCAACAUAACUGUAUCAGAGCUAUUUCCAGAAAAGCAUUUUAUGGAUUGCUCAAGCUUCGGACACUGUACCUCAGCCACAAUUGCAUCACCAGCCUCAGGGCUGGAGUCUUUAGAGACUUACAGGCAUUAACAUGGUUAAUUCUGGAUGACAAUCCAAUAACAAGAAUUUCCCAGCAGCUGUUUACUGGAUUAAAGUCUUUGUUUUUCCUGUCUAUGACUAAUAACUCCUUAGAAGCCCUUCCCGAGAAGCUGUGUUCCCAAAUGCCUCAUUUGAACUGGGUGGAUUUUGAAGGAAAUCAAAUUAAAUCCAUAACCGACUCUACCUUUCUGGCCUGUGAUGCACUCACAGUGUUGUUUCUGCCUGGAAAUCAAAUUGAUUCUGUUCCAGAGAAGACCUUUUCUGUAUUGAAAGGCUUAGGAGAACUAGAUCUGUCCAAUAACGGGAUCUUGGAGCUACCCAACCAUGUUUUUAAAGAUCUAACGAUUUUACAAAAACUGAAUCUGUCGCACAAUCCACUGCUGAACAUCUAUGAGGAUCAGUUUGAUGGUCUUAAAUAUCUUCAGUCUCUAGACCUGGAAAACAUAGAAAUUCCUAAUAUAAGCAUGAGAACUUUUCAACCCUUGAAGAACCUCUCUCAUAUCUAUUUCAAAAAUUUCCGCUAUUGCUCCUACGUGCCCCACGUGCGAAUAUGUACCCCCUUGACGGACGGCAUUUCUUCCUUUGAAGACCUCUUGGCCAACAAUAUUCUGAGGGUGUUUGUCUGGGUUAUAGCUUUCGUUACCUGUUUUGGGAAUCUUUUUGUCAUUGGCAUGAGGUCUCUUAUUCGAGCAGAAAAUAAGACUCAUGCUAUGUCCAUCAAAAUCUUGUGUUGUGCCGACUGCCUAAUGGGAGUCUAUCUGUUCUUUGUUGGAUUUUUUGACAUAAAAUACCGAGGGCAGUACAAGAAGUAUGCUUUGCUGUGGAUGGAAAGUUUGCAGUGCCGUCUCAUGGGGCUGUUAGCAAUGCUAUCCACUGAAGUCUCUGUCCUGCUGCUGACGUACCUGACUUUAGAGAAAUACUUGGUGAUUGUCUUUCCUUUCAACAAUAUCCGCCCAGGAAAGCGCCAGACCUUGGUCAUCCUCGUCGGCAUCUGGAUCGUUGGAUUCCUAAUAGCGAUAAUUCCCUUUUGGAAUGAGGAUUUUUUUGGAAACUAUUACGGAAAGAAUGGUGUGUGCUUCCCACUUUAUUGUGACCAAGCAGAAGAAAUCGGAGGCAAGGGGUAUUCACUUGGGAUAUUUCUAGGCGUGAACCUGUUGGCUUUCCUGGUCAUCGUGUUUUCCUACGUCAGCAUGUUUUGUUCCAUCAAGAAAACAGCCCUGCAGACGUCCGAAGUGAGGAGGCACAUUCACCGGGAUGUGGCGGUGGCCAACCGGUUCUUUUUCAUCGUGUUCUCCGAUUCCAUCUGCUGGAUCCCUGUCUUCGGGGUCAAGAUUCUAUCUCUCUUCCGGGUGGAGAUUCCAGGCACGAUCACUUCCUGGAUCGUCAUCUUCAUUCUGCCUAUCAACAGUGCGUUGAACCCCAUCCUCUAUACGCUCACAACCAGUUUCUUUAAGGACAAGCUGAACCAGCUCCUCCAUCAGCAUCGACGGAGGAUGGUGUCCAGAGGGGAAAGGAAAAGCUGGUCAACCUCCGUUGCCUGGACGGAUGAUUCCUCUUCGCCCAGGCUUGGGUUUUUAAGCAAGAUGACGCUUGGGGACAGCGGGAUGAAGUCGAGUCACGAGUGAGGGGGCGUUGGGGUGGAUCAUCAUCAAUCGUAUUUAUUGAGCGCUUACUAUGUGCAGAGCUUAUUAUGAGCAGGAUCAUA